AUGCCGUUCAAGCUGUCUGCCGCCCAAUCCGCCGUCGUCUGCAUGGCGCUGGCGCUCAGCGGAUCGCUGCAGCCGGCCACCAAGGCUUCUGCCGAGGCAGCCACCGGAGCAUGCGCUGCCCAACAUAUUGUCGAGAGAUGUCUAUCGACGCAAGGCCUGGUGUUCGACCAGUGCGAGUACAGCGACUGGGCAUGCAAAUGCCAGGUGCAGACGGCACUAGUGUCCUGCUACAACAACUGCCCCGACGACCAGGGCCGCAUUGGGCCCGAGGCCCAAGUCGCUCUGUAUUGCAAUGCGGCCACUCGCGUGCAAGAGGCAAAAUCAGCAGCCAGCUCGACCAAGUUAUCCGUGACCGCGAGCCCUGCCGGCAGCAGCCGCCCUGAGCAGACCGCCACUGCCGCCAGGAGAUCGACCAUAGGCAUUUUGCCGGACCACGCGACUGGCGCAGCGCAGAAUGCCAAGCCAUCAUUGGCGGUGCCGGCGAGUGGAAACAACAAUGGCAAGGCGGGCAAGCCGGAGGCGCCGAAAGCCACAAAGGCGCCGUCGUCAGUCGAGAAUACUGCUGGAUCAGCAGCCAAAAGCGGAAGCACUGCCGCCGCUGUUGCCGUCGCAGCAGCGUGGAUCAUGGUUGCGUAG